AUGCAAAUAUACAUGCGGAAAUUGGUCGUCGUUAUAGAGUGUGGUUUAAAAGGAGUUUUUUUUUUUUAUUCCAGUUGUUCUUUUUUCAGUUUUUUUUAUUUUAAUUUCUGCAUACAAUUAAUCCAGAAAAUGAGAAUCCGUUCGUCUGUUUUUGCUUCUUUUUGUUUGAUAAUAGAAGUAUUUGGGAUAGCCCUUUUUCUCCGAGGAUACUUCCCAGUUCCUGUCAAGUCUUCCAUUUCAGCAAAGAGCAAGGUGGCAGAUCUCCCGACAGAACCUUUGGCAGGUAAUGUCGCAAACUGGACCAAGAUUCCGCCUCCAUUGUUUAAAAGAGUUGUCAUUAUGUUGAUAGAUGCACUCAGGGAAGAUUUUGUGUUUGGACCCAAAGGAAAACAGUUCAUGCCCUACACCAGACAUCUGGUGGAGCGAGGGACAUCUCACAGCUUUGUUGCCAAAGCAAGGGCACCCACUGUCACCAUGCCUCGUAUCAAGGCACUGAUGACUGGAAGUAUUCCAGGUUUCAUUGAUGUAGUCAUGAACCUGAACUCCCCUUCACUAUUGGAGGAUAAUCUGAUGUGGCAAGCCAAAAACGCAGGGAAGAAAAUGGUGUUUUAUGGAGACGACACUUGGCUGAGACUGUUCCCAAAGCACUUUAUGGAGCAGGAUGGGACAACCUCAUUCUUUGUGUCCGAUUACACAGAGGUCGAUAAUAAUGUAACAAGGCAUUUGGAUACCACAUUAGAACGAGAUGACUGGGAUAUCUUAAUACUGCAUUACCUUGGAUUGGACCAUAUUGGUCACCUGACUGGACCUCACAGCUCACUGAUUGGACCUAAACUAACUGAAAUGGAUGACAUCUUGAAGAAAAUACAUACAUCGCUAAUGUCUAAGGAAGAGGAGGGUUCUCUGCCUAAUUUAUUGGUGCUUUGUGGGGAUCAUGGAAUGUCAGAAACUGGAAGCCAUGGGGGAUCCUCUGAACCAGAGCUGAACACUCCACUGGUUCUCAUUAGUCCUGCUUUCAAAAGAAAAGUUGCCUUCGAAAUUCCAGAGACUGUGGAGCAGGUGGACUUAACGCCAACAUUGUCAUUCGGCCUUGGACUUCCAAUAUCAAAGAACAAUGUGGGGCGCCUUAUUCUUCCUGUACUGGAAGAGAACUCUUUGAGAGAACAACUAAGAUUCCUACAUCUCAAUGGGUUUCAGCUCAGCAGGCUGUUGAAAGACAGUACACCAGCUUAUGAAAAAGAUACAGGUUAUGAAAAAUUCAGAAUUGCUGAGAGGUCCCAUGGCAACUGGAUGAAGCUUUAUUUAGAAGGGAAUACAUCAGAAAUCCUGAGCAACAUGGGAAAGAAGGUCCUCAAGCAGUAUCUGGAUGCUUUGAAGUCCAUGAGCUCGUCACUUAGCAAGCAGCUGGGAAAGUAUGACAUGUACUCAAUGAUUGUGGGCACAGUCAUUGUUCUACAGGUUCUUUUCCUGCUGCUUGUUAGUGUUGCGGAUGCAUUAAGCAGCAAUGCUGAACUCGAUUUACCCCUGUCAUCCUCCCUGUGUUCCCUGCCCUUUUACCUUCUGUGCUUGAUGUUCUCCGGAGUUCAUGUUAUGAUGUGCACUUCGACAGAGAGCUCAUGCUACUUCUGCAGCCUGUCUUGGGCCCUGGUGUUUGCAGUAAUAGUCUUUGUUUCUGCCCUGCUCUGUGUGAUAUUGUCCAUCGUGGGCAGGAAAUUAUCCUGGGGGAGGCCUCAAACUAAGAGUGAGAGUUCUUCGGAUUCAGGCUUUUCGGAACUAGAUAUACUUCUACUGACUGGAACACUCGGACAUGUGUUGAGCCUGGCUGCCAGCAGCUUCAUAGAGGAAGAACACCAGACCUGGUAUUUCUUACUGAAUACCCUCUGUCUGGCAGUAUUCCAGGAUGUCUGUAGAAAGUACUUCAGUGAGAAAAGGAGUUACAAGGAUUUAGAAGACAGCCUGUACCAGCCCUCUAAAGAUGAACUUCUGACAUCUGACUACAGCUCAAAAGCAUCCAGCACAUCAGCAGGCUAUGAGAAAUGGCUGGCCUUGGCCACUCCUUUGGUCACUCUGGCUUGUUGUCGGAUACUCCGCUCCCUAAACCAGACUGGGGUCCAGUGGGCUCACCUACCUGAUUUUGGACACUGGCUAAACAGUUCUGAACACAACACCGAGCUCUCGCUUCUGGCUGCCACAUCCCUGGUCCUGAUAUUUUUUCUUGUGCAGAGGAGGUGUUCCGUGGUCUCAAAAAUAGCUCUUGGAUUGGGGCUGCUGGGAGUCUACAGUUACCGUGCAGCAGUUGGAAAUGUGCUGUUUCCAUGGCAACAAGAAGGUAGAGCCAUUUCCAAGGGAACCGUUGAAGCCCGCUUUGUCUACAUUUUUGUUCUUGGCAUCCUCUUUACGGGUGCCAAGGAUUUACUAAAGUCACAAGUCAUCACUUCAGACACCAAGACAAAGAGCACAGGAUUAUGGGAAGUCUACAGUGGUAUGGUUCUGCUGGCUGCUCUGCUUUUUAGACCUCACAACCUGCCAGUACUGGUCUUCUGUCUCCUGAUUCAGACUAUAAUGACUCGGUUUAUCUGGAAGGGAUUACAGUAUGAUGCAGCACAAACUACUAUCAUGCAUUACUGGUUCGGUCAAGCCUUCUUUUACUUUCAGGGGAAUUCUAAUAAUAUUGCCACAGUGGAUAUUUCAGCAGGAUUCGUGGGCCUGGAGAACUAUGUUGAAAUUCCAGCAAUUUUUCUCACAGCCUUUAGUACUUAUGCAGGCCCUCUGCUUUGGGCUAGCCACCUAGUUUGUUACCUGAACUCUGAAACAAAUCGGAGUUCAGCAGCGAUGGGCCAUGGCUGUUACUGCUUUGCGCUGUUGCGUUCAAUCCCAGCUGCAGUCUACAUCAUUCUCGCCACGUCCCUGCGGUAUCACUUGUUCGUCUGGAGUGUGUUCUCGCCUAAACUUCUCUACGAGGGUAUGCAUACAUUUGUGACAGCUUCUGUUUGCAUUUUCUUCACUGCUAUGGAUCAGAACCGCUCUGUUAGGUCAUGGGACUAGCAAAGUAACUUAGAAUAAAGCAGUACGUUAUGUUGAUUUUAAUGUUCUUGGAAGAUGUAUUUAUUUUUAAGCUACAUCUACCUUAAUAAAACAUAGAUGGGGACGUAUUACAAAACUGGGAUAUGUUUUACACUUCAAGCAGUUUAAAAACCAAGCAAUUAGGUUAUAUUUUGGACAUCAACUCGGUUUGACCAUCCAAUCAGUUUGGCAUCAUCUGCACUGUUUAUGUCUGGUGUAUUUCUCAGAACUGUUAAGAACCAUUUAAUAUAUCUGUAAUGAAUUCCAAAAAUUUAAAUGUAAUAAAACAUGAAUAUUUUCUUUCUUGGGUCAGUACCUCCUAGUAAUUUAUUUGUCUCGGUCUCACUCUAGUGUGAGGUUUGUAUUUAUUUUCAUUUUCAGAAGCAAAGUGGAAUUUUACAAACCUCUAAUGAAAACUUCCUGUGUACUAUUUUUGUAUUGGUAUGGUACUUUAGUGAAUGUGCUCCCAGUGCCUCUGUUUAAGGGCUUCUUCACUGCUUAUUUGUUACCGGAUCUCUAGAAUGUUUAGACCUUUCUUUUAUUAAGGGUUGACCUGGUGAAAAGAUUUCGUUGACAGAUUCUAACCCUGAAUGCAAACAUGUUCAGAAGUUAUAACCAUGAAACAAAGGGAGCUCUUCAGUACAGCAUCAGGAGCGCUUUCUCUAAGUGACGCAACACUUGGCACACAGACAGUAUCCAAAGUUUUGCAGUAUCAGACAUGCCAACUUCAUGCACCGCAUGAGACACACUCAUUUGCAUGUUAUCUCAUUCUCAUUUUUAAGUUACAAGGAAAAUACGUCACAUAAAUCUCAAUGUAGAGCAUGAAGAUAACAGAGUGAUUCUAGAGGUUAGCAAAAAAGUCAAGUACCUGUAUAUUGCAAGAUCCAGCAAUAGACACUGUUUUUUUGUUUGUUUUGUUUUUUUUGGUUCAGUGCUAGUGAAUAUUGAUACAGUAUCUGUAUAUGGUUUAAUGGUACUAAACAGCUGGUUUUAUUAUCUCACGUGCACCUUCAGCACUGACUUACACCCUCUGGAAAAUGUCUCACUCUUUGAGAUCAUCCAGCUUUGGCAUCUCUGCAGUUUUGAUAAAGAUGGUGUGAUAAAAAAAAAAGUAAAAUCUGUACAAGCUAUCAAAGUGUGUACAGAAAAUGAGAAAUAAUUAGUUGAAGUUACAGUCAGACUUCUGUAUCAAGGGUAUAUGUUUUUUUGUUUUGUUUUUUUUGUUAGUAUUUUUAUUAAUUAUUAAAUGUAAUUGCAGAUGUGUAAAUCAUUUCAUAUGUUUUGUCUUAUUUUACUUUGCUUGUAAUGUCUAUAUUGUUAAAAACACACUACUGUAUAUAUAAAACAGCUGGUCAGAUUUUCCAAGCCAUUUCCCCAGAGCAAAGUUGACAUCAUGCAUACUUUAUUACAGAACUGGUAAUAAAUCAUGUAGGUUUACUUAUCUCGUAAUAUUAUUUCUAUAUAUUAUAAAAUAAAUACAUUAUUUAAUAUAAAUAUAUUAUUUUUUUCUCAGAAGAAAAUGGUGCUCUGUGGUAAAGGAAAUGCUUUGUAAAUCUAGCCCAGUUGAUUUUUUAAAAACAAAUUUUGGUACUUAAACACUGCUAGAAAAAUGCAGGAGUUAUUAUGCAAUUGAAUGCUUUAGCGCAAGAAACUGGCACACCUUUACUGUAAGUGUAGCUUGCAGUACACUGAUAUUGUAGCUUAACACUCAAGAUCAUUUUUGUGCAAGAGGUUUUAUCUGAAUAUAUUUUCUUUUUAGUUUAUUUUGGUAACAAUUCUGAGUGGGACAUUAUCUAAUUUUAAUAUUGGUUUAAAAUGUUUAGCUCCUCAUUGUUAUGAGGAGAGCAUUUUCCUUGUGUCUUUUUUUUUUUUUCUUUGUAUUUGUUACCAAA